AUGCCGCAGGCCUCCCUGAAGCGAGAACACUCUCCAGAUACCGGCUCUGACACGGAAGAAUCGCCAACCAAGCGCCAUGCCACCGUUUUCGAGUACAUGAGGCAGCAAAAGCAGAACUCCACAUCCGCGACUCAGAAGCUCUGGCUGCCAGCUGUGAAGUGCCCAGACGAUCUAUCGCGUGCCAGUCUGGCCGACUGCUUCCGCAUCCUCUCUAAAGCGGUGGAUUCCUCAAACCAUCAAGAACCGGGCACGGCCAGUCCAUCUGCUUGGGCCAGGAGCCCUUCGGGCAAGCUGAUGGACGGUUUCCUGAGGGCGCUGUUUGAUGACAGCUGGACAUCGGCGGAUCCUAUCGUAGUCGUUGAAAGAAGGAAACCCAACAGCGCUUUCAUGGAGUAUGGCCGCGUGGUGAUUGCUGAAAGAAGCGACGACCUUGGCACCGACUGA